AUGUGGGGGCCGAUGCGAUCGUCCACUCUGACCCUGAACCCGACGAGACGCAUGCAGACAUCUGCUCCACUCCUGGCCAACAUUUUUUCUGAUGCAUGGUCCAAGCUCAAGUCCUCUUUGGCCGGGACUGCAAACCAACCACACGGCACCCUGGUGGGAAUGGAUGAGCUGGGAAAUCGUUACUUCGAGGCGGAGCCCGACGUCAAUAGCAAAGUGCCCCACCGCGCCUCGAAACCCAUGCGCUACUUUCUGAUGCCCGGACAGAAGACGGUUCAAGACUCGUGGAUGCAAAUCGAUACGGGUAGGCCUGAGUUCUGCUCUCCACCUGGUUUUGGUUACAAUCACGAUCGUUGUGAAUCUCUUCGAUACGCCACGUCCUUAGCGUAUGGGGGCAGAAUGGACUUUACAAUCCGAGAGUUUAAUUUCCUUCCCGUUGUAGAGCUUCAACGGUUGCCGACUGAGUGGGACGCCUGGCUGCGCCACAGUCGCCGAGAUCCACCAACACCGGAGGAGAUCGCGGGCAACAGGGCAGCCGCUAAGCUGCGAGCUCAAAAGGGUAGAGAAAUCGAGGUGGGUCCCUUGCUCUCAUCAGUCCAUUCCUCUAUUAUUGUAUGGCUCAGAUCAAAAAUGCUCAUUUGUUAG